AUGGAGUCACCAAAUCUCUCGCGUCGGCGACCCCGGGACGAAGACGAAGACGAAGACGAUAUCAAGUCCGAGUCAACUUCCAACUCGCGCGCAUCAAGUGCCAAACGUCCCCGCUUGAACCCCGCCGACAGUGACAACGAGCCUACUGAAGAUCAGGACGCCGAAGAAGACGAAGAAGAAGAGGACGAAGCCGAAGCCGACGAAAAUGGAGAGGGAGAAAGCGAUGCAGAAAGCAAUAGUUCCAGCGCCUCACAGACGAUUGCCAACCCUCCUCAAGUCGCACCUCACGACGGCCUGGGUCCCGGUGGCUACAAGCCGGGUGCCAUCGUGCGCAUCAAAGUGACAAACUUUGUCACUUACACUUCCGCGGAGUUUUUCCCAGGCCCGAAGUUGAAUAUGGUGAUAGGUCCUAACGGUACGGGCAAAAGCACCUUGGUUUGCGCAAUUUGUCUGGGUCUUGGAUGGGGCCCACAGCACCUGGGGCGUGCCAAGGACCUAGGCGAGUUUGUCAAGCACGGCAACAAAGAAGCCAUCAUUGAGAUUGAGCUAUGUGGACCACCCAAGAUUGGUCACAACCCCAUCAUUCAGCGUACGAUCAAGCGCGAUGGCAAUAAGAGCUCGUUCCUGCUUGAUGGCCAGACGGCCUCCAAGAACGACGUAUUGAAACUAGCUCAGUCAUUCGCCAUCCAAGUCGACAAUCUGUGCCAGUUUUUACCCCAGGACAAAGUCGCCGAAUUUGCUGCACUCACUCCAAUUGACCUUCUCCACUCCACACAGAGGGCAGCAGCUGGCCCUGAGAUGCUGGGCUGGCACGAUGACCUGAAAACCCUUAGGAGCAAGCAGAAAAAGUUAGAGCUUGACAAUGGGGGCGAUAAAGAUACUCUGGUGAACCUGGAGAGCCGCCAAGAAAUGCAAAGAGCAGACGUUGAACGAAUGCGCGAACGCGCUGAAAUCGAGCAAGCCAUCGCCAUGCUCAAAAAAUGUCGACCGGCCGUCGCAUUUAAAGAACAUGUAGCGGCCACACAGGCUAUGAUUGCCGAGAAAAAAGACCUGGAUGCUGAAUAUGCGCAGCUCAAGGAAGAAACUGAGCCUGUUCUCCGUGCAGUAACGGCCAAAGAAGCCUACAUCGAAGAGUUGAAUGGAGCGAGAGAUGAUCGAAAGGAUGCUGUUGAUGAGGCGUCCAAGGUCACCUUAACAAAGGGCAAACUGAUUGACGACUUUGACGCGAAAAUCUCGGAGAUCAACGCACAAAAGGCUCAGCAGCAGAUCAACCAGUUUCAACGCCAGUUGAAUGAUGAGGCCGUUGAGUUCGAUCCAGAAGUCUUCAACGAGAGUCUGCGAGAGAAGCGACUUCAGAGGCGAGCCAUGGAGACGCGUGCCCAAGAGAUCAAAGACCAACACAUUCCCCUCCUGGAAGAACAGAACCAGGUGCGCAGGGAUAUCAAGCAAGCUGAGACCCAAUUGGCCAAUCUGGACUCGGCAGCUGGUCAACAAGAGAUCAAGCUUGAACAAAUAUCUAGGGACACGCUCAGAGCGUAUAAAUGGCUUCUUGAAAACCAGAACAAGUUUGAACAAGAAGUUUUUGGUCCACCCAUCGUGACAUGUUCGGUCACCGACCCCAAAUUUGCCGAUGCUAUCGAGUCUCUAUUCCAAAGGACAGACUUUACCUCUUUUACGACCCAAAACCGAAAUGACUUCCGCACGAUGCAAAGAGAGCUUAUCCACGGCAUGAAGCUCCACGAUAUUUCCAUCCGAACUUGCUCACUGUCACUAGACAGGAUGAGUCCCCCGAUGCCAAACGAUCAAAUCCGCCAACUAGGGUUUGAUGGCUGGGCGAGAGACUUGCUUGCUGGACCUGAUCCCGUGAUUGCUAUGCUUUGCAGCGAGAAAAACCUGCAUGCCACUCCAAUUGCGUUCAGAGAGAUCUCCGAAGAUGUCUUCAAUCGUCUGCAAGACAGCUCGUUGAGCGCCUGGGUAACCGGCAAGAGCAGCUAUAACAUUACUCGGCGCAGAGAGUACGGACCUUGUGCCACAUCCACUCGAGUUCGACAGAUCCAGCCUGCCAAGGUGUGGACUUCACAGCCUGUUGAUCAGAGCCUCAAACGUAGCCAUCAGGAAAAUAUCGCUCAGUGGAACGAGCAACUCACUGAGAUCAGCAACAAGCUUGAAACCAGCAAGAACACAGGUCUGAAGCUACGGGAGGAGAUGGAGCAGCUAGCAAAAGAAACGCGAGCAAUCGAGCGCGAGAAAGACGAAAAACAAACCGCACACACUCAAUACCGUGCACUUCCCCAAAUGAUCUCCCACCAGAAAGCCAAGCUCGAAAGUGUCACAGCCAUGUUUGAUACUGUACGAGAAACAGUUCGUGCCUACCGCAACGAACAAGACGAUCUUGCUAUUCAAAAGGCUGAAGCUACAGUCGAAUACGCCGACGCUGUCGAACUAUUCCGUCAAGCUUACGAAGAGCUGAUGAAGAUCCAAGUCCAGUUUUUGGAGGCCAACUCGGACCUUCAGACCUUGCGGCAACGCAAUGUCGAGACUACGAGGAUUUUAGACGAGAAGCGAGAGCACCUGAUGAAGUUUACCGCCACGCUGAGGGAGCUCAAGCUCCAGACCCGAAAUGAGAGACAAGAGGCCCUCAGGAUCAUUGAAGAAGUCAAUGGGUUGCCCGGCGGACCUGAGAUAAUGAACGAAAUCAAUGAUCAUGAUAUCGCUCGACUAGAGGCUGAUAUCGAAUCCCAGGUAGCCCGACUGCAAUUCACUCAUGGUGGAAGUGAUCACAUGGUCAAGGAGUUCGAAGCCCGCGAAAAGACGAUUGACAAGCUACGCACCAAACUCGCCGACUUCGAGGCCAAGCUCGUCGAACUUAGCGCAGCCAUUACCGAAAUCCGCAAUGUGUGGGAGCCCAGGCUGGAGGCACUCAUCGGAAAGAUCAGUGACGCAUUCUCUGACUCCUUCCGACGCAUCGGAUGCGCAGGCCAGGUCACACUAGGCAAAGCCGAAAGCGAGCCUGGACCGAAUGGCGAGCCCGGCGUGAGUGAAUUCGCAGAGUGGUCGAUUGUGAUCCACGUCGCGUUCCGCCAGGACGCGCCCCUGUCCGUAUUGAACUCGCACCGUCAAUCCGGCGGCGAGCGCGCCGUGAGUACCAUCUUCUACCUCAUGGCGCUGCAGUCGCUUUCCGCCUCGCCGUUCCGUGUGGUGGACGAGAUCAACCAGGGUAUGGACCCGCGUAAUGAGCGCAUGGUCCACGGGCGUCUGGUCGAUAUUGCGUGCGCCUCUAGUGAGUCGGACGAAGUCGACAAUAACGGCAACCCGAUCGGCGGGGGCGGGGGUGGCCAGUAUUUCCUCAUUACGCCGAAGCUUCUCAAUGGUCUCGCUUACAAGCGGGGCAUGCGUGUGCUUUGCAUUUACAGCGGCGAGCACAUGCCCCAAGAUUAUGACAAGAUCAAUUUCAAGGAAGCCAUUCGGAAGAUGGCCGCACUCUCUGGCAAGGAGGUUGGUCUUCCCAUUCAAGGGAGUGCCCCAGUCUAUGCGUAA